CACCGUUCAGUCUGUUUUUUGGAGGGAAAACUUGUCUUUUGGGCCCGUUUUUCGUGAUGAUUUGAUUUGGGCCCUAAAAGCCAGGCAAAAGUCUUGCAACGCUGCUCACAAAUUGUCAGAGUGACAUUCUCGCCACAAACAAAUAAAUGAAUCAAAUUCCUCCUGAAACAGCUCCAGCAGUAACGUAUUGAUUAUUUCUUAAAGCGUGUCAGGGAGUGUUAUGACAGGGAAACAGGUGCGCGGUCAUCAACCCUCGCCGUUGUAAACAUUGAUCUGUGUGAAGAGGCCGAAGAAAUGGCCUCUUCCAGUCAAUUUGCCCCCACAUUGUGACAUUGGCCACGAUGCAGAAGAAGGAAGAAAGCUUCGAGCACAAAAGGCUGGAGCUUGAGGCAUGGCUGCAGCGGAUGGAGGCCCGCCUUGCCUCCAUGGCGGCCGUGGGCCACACCGCCGACGUCCUCGAAGUCCAGCUCAGGGAACAAAAAGGACUUCACGCCGAACUCCACCAGUUCAAAGCACAGAUCGAGGCUUUCAACCAACUCACACAAAGACUGAUCACAGCGCACCAACACGAAGACACCAGCCGCUACAAAAAGACAGCUGAGUACAUCAACCAGCACUACAUUCGUCUGGACGCCUGUGUCAUCAACAGGGGGAAAUUGCUGCACUCAGCCUUGAGCUCCCUUCAGAACCUAGACCGCUCCCUUGACAAAUUCCUCGCGUGGCUCAGUGAAGCCGAGUCCGUGGUGGAGACGCUCGAGGGCGAUGCGGAGUCCCGCAGGGCCGCCCAUCAGUUGAAGGAAUUACAGGCUGAUGUGGAGCGACAAGCCCCAGCUCACGCCGCCCUUCGCUCGUCCAAUUUAGCCCUUCUGGGGACCAUGGCCCCCGAAGACGCCCUAAUGCUCCAAUUGAAGGGCGAUGAGAUGGAGCGGCGGUGGCAAGCCCUGAAGACACGAACCUCCGAUUUGAGAAACCGGCUGGAACACAAUGCCGACUAUUGGAACGCUUUGCUUCUAUCUUUAAGGGAAUUGACCGAAUGGGUGAUACGGAAAGACACAGAGCUGGGGCUAGCAGCCCGCCAGGACGACCACCGAGCGUUCCGCCAACAGCUAGAAGACAAGAGGCCUCUAGUUGAGGCGAGUUUGCGGAGCGCUAGACAGUUCGUAGCGGGGGACCCUUCCGGCGAACUGGCCCGAAACCUGCGGAGGGAAUUGGUCAAACUCUCGGAUAAAUGGAACGCUCUGAUUGAUAAAUCGGACCAGUUGGCCGCGAGGUUCGAACAGAACACUAUUAAAUUGAAACAGCUGACUUUGAAUCUGGAAGAGGCGUCCGCGGCUGUCUCCCGUCUAGAGCGCGCUACGCUUAGCUGGAGUGGCCCCCGGAGUGCAGCCGAGGCUAGGGAACUUUUGGCCAGUUUGCGGAAUUUAGAGACGCAGCUGCCGCAAUUGCAGCGUUCGUUGGAGGAAGCCAGGAUUCAGGCGGCUUCCUUGGGGAAUGCCUUGCCGAAUAAUCUGGCCACACAGCUUGAGGAUUGCAGUGCGAGGUGUAGGGCGCUCCAGGCGGCGAUCAGGGAGAGGCGGGAACAGCUGACUAGCACGACUCAGGGGGAGAUAUCCCCAGGCCCCUCCAGCGUCCAGCCGCCAUGGGAGCGCUCCACCACCCCCAACAAAGUCCCCUAUUACAUCAACCACAGCACCGAGACAACCCAUUGGGAUCACCCCCAAAUGCUCGAACUAGCCACUUCUCUUUUACAACUCAACGAAGUGCGAUUUUCCGCAUACCGAACGGCUUUAAAACUACGAGCAAUUCAGAAGAAACUAUGUCUAGAUUUAGUCAGCAUUAAUGGUGCUUCGGAAGCGUUCGACUUGCACGGCUUGAGAGGCCAGAACGAUAAAUUACUCGACGUGGCCGACAUGAUUUUGGUGUUACGAGCGAUUUAUGCAACUGCAGCUUCGCUACAACCCGCCCUAGUCGAUGUUCCUCUAUGUGUUGACUUAGCUCUGAACUGGCUUCUAAAUGUUUACGACAGUCAGCGGACUGGCCAAUUGAGAGUGCUUAGUUUUAAGGUCGGUUUGACUCUUUUGAGCAAGGGGCAUUUGGAGGACAAGUAUCGCUAUUUGUUCCGACUGAUAGCCGACCCGCAGCAGAAAGCCGACCAGAGGAAGCUCGGUUUGCUCCUCCAUGAUGUCCUCCAAGUCCCGCGCCAGUUGGGCGAAGUUGCUGCGUUCGGUGGCUCAAACAUCGAACCGUCAGUCCGUAGUUGUUUAGGCGAGCGUGAGGACUUGGAAGUGACUCAUUUCCUCGCUUGGUUGAAGCAAGAACCGCAGUCGUUGGUCUGGCUCCCAGUUUUGCAUCGAUUAGCGGCUGCGGAAACCGCCAAACACCAAGCCAAAUGCAACAGUUGUAAACAGUACCCAAUCGUCGGUUUAAGAUACAGGUGUUUGAAAUGUUUCAAUUUCGAUAUGUGUCAGUCCUGUUUCUUCGCCGGGAGGUUGACCAAAGGCCACAAAUUGUCGCAUCCGAUGCAUGAGUAUUGCGCUGCCACCACUUCGGUUGAAGACAUGCGGGACUUCACCAAAGCCUUGAAGAACAAGUUCAAGAGUAAAAGAUACUUCACGAAGCAUCCGCGCGUGGGGUAUUUGCCCGUGAGGUCGGUCUUGGAAGGAGAUGAGCUGGAAAGUCCAGUCGCGUCCCCGCAACACAACGAUAUGCAUUCGAGGCUGGAAAUUUACGCAAGUCGUUUGGCUGAAGUCGAGCUGAGGGCGGCCUCUCCCGAGGACGAGCACCGAUUGAUUGCCGAUUACUGUCAGACGAUUGAAGGCCCAGGGAGUCCAGGGCAACUCAUGUUGGUUAUAGACGAGGAGCAAAGGGCCGAGUUGCAGGAAAUGAUAACUGAGUUGGAGGCGGAAAACGCCGCUUUGAGGCAGGAGUAUGAACAGCUCCAAAGGGGGGCAACUCCACAUCCGCCUCAGCCGCAGCAUGAUGUCCUAGCGGAGGCCAGGCUUUUGAGGCAGCACAAAGGGAGGCUGGAGGCUAGGAUGCAGAUUUUGGAGGAUCAUAAUAGACAGUUGGAGGCACAGUUGCAGAGGCUAAGACAGUUGUUGGAUGAGCCGCCCACUUCGACACUGCAGACUAGGAGUGUCACUGCUUCGCAGUUGAAUCAGGACACUCCGGGGAGAGUCAAUCAACCACCGCCACCUGCUGAUCAUCGCUAAUCAUAUCAUUUCGUCAUAUCAUAGUUGUAAUGCUUGUCUACCAUGUUGAAGUAUACUCCUACUAACCAUAUCGUAAUACACAUCGAUGUGUUCAUUAGUGUUUCGAUGCUAGAUAUUUAUUUUGUUAACGGUUUUUAUUUGCUAGGGUCCCAAAUCAUCAGUUCAAUAAAGUAUUAAAUACCCAAGUCAACAA